AUGGCAGAGGGAGAGACAAGAGAGAAUAAGUUUGAGGGGGAUGUGGAAGCUGGAGAGGAACAAAAGUGGGCAAAACAAGAAGAGGAUACCCAAACUGAGUCUAGUGGUAUUUCCCCUCUGAAUCCAAUCUUGGCCCAGCAGAUCAUGGCAUUCUUGAGUGGGCUAAGAGAGGCCAAGCAGUGGUGGAGGGCCUAUGUCGAGUGUUGUUCGCUUGUGUUGCCUCCACUCACUUGGGCUCAGUUAUAUGCUCUAAUUUUAGAGAAGUAUGUGCCCCGCACUUUGAGGGAAAGGAAGAAGGAUGAGUUUAUGGCCCUUGAGCAGGGAGAGUUAUCAGUGGCUGCUUAUGAGUUCAAAUUUCAUGUACUGCCCAGGUACGCUACUCAGCUGGUACUUUCGGUUCAUAUGACUUCGUUCGGCAGGAGCUUUAAUGAGGUUACAGAUUUUGUAAAGAAGGUUGAAAGUGUGAGGAAGGAUGGGCAAGCCAAAAUUUUGGCUAAAAGGCCCAAGAAUGCAUAUGACUUCCAGAGUUCCUAUUCCAGAGGGUCAGACAGGCCGGUGAUUGCUGCCCGGCCAAUUCAGUUAACACUUCCCACGUUCAUUAGCAGUUUUGCAUGUACUCCACAACAGCAUCAGUCCUAUGAGGGUCAGGGAGCAUAA